AUGUCGCGCCAUUACUCGGUUGCCAUUGAUGGUGGCCCAGAAGUCUUCACCAUCGACACACGCUACAGGAUUGUUCGCAAAGUAGGCUCAGGAUCGUAUGGUACGGUGUGCUCGGCUUUUGAUUUGCAUGCCGAUCGAUAUUGCGCCAUCAAAAAGGUCUAUCGAAUUUUUGACAAGCGUCUAUUGACGAAGCGUUGCUUACGAGAAAUCAAGUUGCUGCAACAUUUCAAUCAUCAUCCUCGUAUCAUCGAGCUCUUUGACAUGGAUAUCGUUGACGUGAACAACUUCAACGAGAUUUAUUUGGUGUUCAAUUGCAUGGAUGCGAGUUUACAUGACGUGAUCCAUUCUGAUAAGCCCAUAAACAUUGUUCAAGGCCAAUGGAUCCUUUAUCAAAUGCUCUCAGGACUCAAAUACAUUCACGCAGCCAACGUGAUACAUCGUGAUUUGAAACCAGCCAAUAUCCUUGUUAAUGUCAAUUGCGAUAUCAAGAUAUGCGAUUUUGGGAUGGCACGAGAGUAUCGUGCUCAAGAUGGUCGGCAAUCUGCAUUCCUCACCGAGUAUGUGACAACAAGGUGGUACCGAGCACCUGAAGUUAUGAUCAGCCCAAACAAUUACAGCAAGCUUAUCGACGUGUGGUCUGUUGGCUGUAUCUUUGGAGAGAUUCUUGGUCGCAGAGUCUUGUUCAAAGGCCGAGAUUACAUUGAUCAAUUACACAAGAUUCUUGGCAUCCUCGGGUUACCGGAAAGCAUUUCAUUCUGGGACCCAUCAGAAUCGGUUGCUACGCAUCUUGAGCAGCUAUGCACGGUCAAUGGUCAGCCGCCUCCCCGCCAUCCAAUCGAUUUUAGGUCCUUGUUUCCGGAUUGCCCAUUGGAUGGUAUUGACAUCUUACAGCAAUUAUUGCAGCUGGAUCCACAUCAACGUAUCACCGUGCCUGAUGCAAUGGCACAUCCAUUUCUUGCACCUUUUGGAGACCCUGAAGAAGAAGCUAUGGAACCAGGCACAUGUGAUUUCCAAUUUGAGCAGUAUGCAGAUGAUGAGGAUUUGCGUCAACAUGUGAUUGAUGAGAUCAUGCGUUUUCGUCGUAAACAAUGGCAGCUAGAGCAAUGUGUGCGUAGCCCAUCCAUGCAUGCUGAUAUGUGUUGUGGUGUCGGCACUCUCGGCAGUAGCAACAUUUUAUUGCGUCAUCAACAACAACAUCAACGACAUGCAACCAUGAGCUUACUUGACCGAACAUCGAUCCAAUGGCAAUAUUCCACAGAGCACACACCACCAUCACCACCACCUAUCGAUCAACCCUAUGAUGACACAAGCUCGUUGUUGGCAACAGAAGAAGGGGCAUCUAUGUUUUCGGGUGGAUUGGUUGGUGAGCCUGAAGAAAUGACAGCCGAGGAAGAUGCGCUUUUAAACCAAACUGCUGGGAUGGAUGUCGAGCCACAUCGUCAAUUCAGGUUGCCAGCACGUGGUCCUGAGCGUGAUCUUUUAGAGCGUGAGCUCAGCGGGACAUGGUGA